UUUGUGUUUACAACUCCAAAAUGUAUUCCCAAGAAUUUAAAGAACACAUUUGUCGUAUUUGUUUGGAUGAGAGUGUAGUUUUGAACUGGAACAAUAAUUUAUUUGAAUAUUACGACAUAACUUACAAAGAUUGCUACUACAAAUACAGCCAGUUAGAAUACCUUGAUCCUGAUCCAUUUUCGCCCAUGUUAUGUCAAAAUUGUUUAAAUGGAUUAGAAAAUGUUCAUACACUGAUUUCGAGAGCAACAGAAUCGUAUGCAUAUUUUGAAGAAACAAAGCAUUUUAAUUUACAAAUAGCUGAUUCUACAAAUGUUGAUGAGGAUAUAAAAUAUUCUCCUACUGAAUUUGAAACUGUUUUAAUAGAGGAAUUAGAAAUAGAUGUUAUAGACGAACAAUCUCAGGAACAAAAUCUAAGUAAUGAUUUUGAUAAUAAGUCUGUAAGCACUGGACGUAGUAAAAGAAAAAAACAGAUUACAAAAAGCUAUAUUAAAAUAAAAGAUAACAUUGAUGAAUAUCAAAGCGUUCCUGUCUUAAAAUCGAAUGACACAAAAGAUAAUUUACUACUAUUACUCAGUGCGUCCUCAUCAAAAUCGCGAAAAAUUCAAAAUGCUAAGUGUAAAUCAAUAAAACAAAAUAGUGGAAAUAAUAGCAUUAAUAAAAAAUUAAAAGUAUCAGAUGAAAAUAAAUGUAAUACAAAGGAUAUCAAAACUUCAAAAUUAGAAAAUGAGUGGUUGGAUGACCAAAUAUGUGAUGUAAAAAUAAUGCCUAAAACUCAAACAGAAGGAUCAAACAUCUGUUUAAUCUGUUCAAAAGUAUUCCCCAGCAAAUAUGCAGCACAAGCCCAUGCAAAAACACACAUUAGAAAUCGAGAACGUAAAGAAACUUGCAAAGUAUGCGGUCUAAAGUUCUUUAAUAAACCCAGUCUCUACGCUCAUAAGCGAAUACAUAAUGAAAAUCGUGAGAAAAAACACAAGUGUGAUUUUUGUAAUAAAGCCUUCUAUAACAAGGGUGCACUUAAUAUACAUCGUCGAAUACAUUUGGGACAAAUGACACCCUGUAGCUUAUGUACAAAAGAAUUUUUCCGUCAAAUCGAUUUAGAUAGACAUAUGGUUUCACACUCAGCUGCCGAGAUAAAUUCCAAUACAAAGAAAAGAUCAAAAUAUUAUGUACGCUGCAAACAUUGUGACAAAUCCAUACUUAGCACAAGUUUUAAAUCUCACACGGCUGCUCAUUUAAAUACACCUUUAAUGAAAUGUUCCAUUUGUAAUAAGGAGUUUUUCAGUCGGGGAAGCUGUGUUUUACAUAUGAAAAAUAUCCAUAAAAAAGGGAAUGAAGAAUAUAAUGAUUUUAUUAUACUGCAUACAAGGAAUCGAAUAUCACGUUUGUUUUUGGAGCAAAAUGAGGAAAUACAAUUUUCCAAUAAUUUCGAAUGGUCUAAAGAAGCCGUGCUGCAACUGACUGAGAUGUGGCAAAAAUAUGAGUUCCUCUAUAAUCCAAAACACACAUAUUACCGCAACACGGAAGCACGGAAUCAAGCUUAUAAUGAGAUGGCCGAUAAAUUAAAAAUUUUUAACACUAACAUCGAAGGCAUCGAUGUAAAGACUAAAAUAACAUAUUUGCGCGGACAAUAUACAAGGGAAGUCGCCAAAGAAAAGAAACGAGGUGCGAGGGCAGAUCAAUUUUACGUCCCAUUUGCUUACUGGUUCAAUCAUCUAUCCUUCUUGGAUAAUUUUAUAAAAGUUCGGAAAGAGCGCAGUAAUAUAUUUGAGAGGAUGGAUUCCCUGAAAUUAAAUGAAAAUUUGUGUGUUAUUUGUCUGGAUAACAAUGUGACCUUAGACUGGAAUGAAGACGUUGCCGAAUUAUGUAACAUGAGCUACAAAGAUUGUUACUACAAAUAUACAAAUCUGCAGCCAAGCACAUCAGAUUCUUUUCCGUCAAAUUUAUGUAAAAUAUGUUCAAAUGGUCUUAGAAAUGCUCAUUUAUUAUUUGAAAAAGCACUAGAAUCUUUUAAAUUCCUUCAAGGGGCACUGACAAAUAAAGAAGAAUUCGAUAUGGAAAUAAAUACGAGUCAAGAUACAAUGAACUUCGAAAUUAAGAUUUUGGAUGUUUGUGAGUCAAAUGAUUUAAUUGAAGAAGAAUCUAUAACGGAUGAUAAGACAUUAAUAGAUAUUGAAGAUGAAAUAAUAUGUCCCACAAAUGCUUACGAUAAUGUUGUACGUAUAGAGAAUGCAAUAAAUGAUAGUAUUUCUAAGGAAAUGUCUAUGCAUGAAGCUGAAAUAAUUGAACAUGUUGACAUUACUCCAAUACCAAAUAGUCAACCUUUGUCCGAGGAAUUAUUAGAACAGGAACUAAGUCAAAGUUCUGAUACAAAACCUACUACCUCCUCAACUACGGUUAAAGGCAGAAAAUUUAAGACAUAUCUGUGUGCAUAUUGCUCUUUAAAAGUCAACGAUAAAUCCACACUGAGAACUCACGAAGCCACACACAGUGAAAAUAGAAAACGAACUGAAACGUGUCCCAAAUGUGGGAUUAAAUUAUAUACGAAAAUGGCCUUAAGAAAUCAUAUGGAAAUACAUGAAGAGAAUCGGCAAAAAAAAUACAAAUGUGAAUUUUGUGAUAAAGCAUUCUUCAAUCGGGGAGCACUUAAUGUUCAUAGGCGUAUACAUCUUGGUCAGAUGGUGCCAUGCCGACUAUGCCCAAAAGAAUUUUUCCGACAAGUUGAUUUAGACAGACAUUUGGUGAGACACUCAGCUGCCCAUCUCCAAAAAAAAGGUGGACAGUCGAAGUACACAGUGCAAUGUCAAUAUUGUAAUAAGACGGUUGCCUCUACAAAGUGGAGGGCACAUAAGGCUGUUCACAUCGGUGAACCUCAAGUGAAAUGUAAAAUUUGUGAUAAGGAUUUCUUUUCCAGGCACAAAGUCGUCCGACAUUUAAAACAAGUACAUCAGAAGGUCAGAGAUGAAUAUGAGGAAUUCAUUUAUUACUAUGCUAAUUGUGUUACACGUAUGUCUCAUUUAAUGAUAAAACAACAGGAAAUAGUGCAACCAGUUACAGACUAAAUGAUAAAAAAAACAUGAUAAUAUGAAUAUUUAUUGGAAUAUGAAACAAAUAUUUAAUCAAUGAAUAAGUUUUUUUUAGUGAAAUCAAAUUAAUGAAAUAAUAAUUUGUUUAAAAAGUUAUUAGAUUCGCCUUGAACAGAGCUAAUGUAAAAUAAAAAAGUAAGAGAGCUUUAUAUAUUCGGCUGUGUCGAGUCAUAUAUACCCUACACCAAAUUAUACUUUAAAAUUAAAA